GUCUCAUACAAUCACUUGCCCCAGGACAAUGAAGCCCAAGGCACCCAAACUUUACGUGGCCUAUUGACCUCCAGCAGUUCCCCCAAAAUAUUUACUCUCUAAAUAUGAUGAAUCCUUUUGUAUUACACCAAGAUUGCAUUAUAGAUGAUAUACCUAGCUCAUGAAGACAUUUCUUCCAUCUCUAUCGCACUGAAACACCUGUAUCGAUCGUGAAACCUCCCACAGCUUACCCUACAAAGGCACGACAUCAUCAUGCCCGAACACGAUGCGCUCGUGUUGUCGUAUAGCCACUUGGCCAAGCUUCCCAGAGCCAACGAUGCUUUGCAGACCUUGAAGAAAGUAGCUUCUCUUGUGAAGCCUAUAAUGCGAGUUCGCAACUGGAAAGUCCGAGAGUUGGCCGAGUUUUAUCCUGAACAACAGAAUCUGUUAGGUCUCAAUAUCAACCGAGGAGCCAAGAUAUGUCUUCGUUUGCGACAUGCUGGAGAUAAGAACCAGUUUAUGCCCAUCGAAAGCGUUGUUGAUACAAUGCUACACGAGUUGUCACACAUAGUCCAUGGCCCUCACGAUGCCAAGUUUCAUGCUCUCUGGGAUCAACUCAGAGAUGAGCACGAGGGUCUGGUUCUUAAAGGCUACACUGGAGAAGGCUUCCUUUCAGAGGGACGGCGUCUCGGAGGCUCAAGAAUACCACCUCUCGAAGCUCGUCGAGUAGCACGAGAGGCUGCAGAGAAGCGACGAGCUCGCCCCGGUACUGGAUCAGGCAAACGUCUAGGGGGCUCUGCUCCUCGGCCAGGUGAAGAUAUUCGGAGAGUUAUUGCGGAUGCUGCCGAGCGGCGGAGCAGGAUCCUCAAGGGAUGUGGCACAGAUAACCUCAGCGAAACUCAAAUUCGCAACAUUUCAGACAAUGCCACAAAGAACGGUUUUCGAACACAGGCCGAAGAAGACGAGGCUAACGAUGCAGCCAUAGCUCAAGCCCUGUGGGAACUAGUGCAGGAAGACAAAUCUGUCGAAUACGGCAAUUCAUACAUCGCUCCCACGGCAGACAAUCCAACUGGAAAUGGGGGCGGAUCAGUAAUCCCGCAUAGGGGACCUGGUGCUAGUUCGGAGAGGCCUACAGAGCCUCCAGGUUGGACAUGCAGCACUUGUACUCUGCACAAUCCUGCCAACUAUCUCUGUUGUGACGCUUGUGGGAUGGAGCGGUCCGAGAUGAGUCCAAGGACACAACAGGUUAAGAACAACCGCCGAUCCAGAUCGCCAGUAUCGCAACCUGCUGUUAUUGACUUGACGACUUCGAGUCCGCCACGAGAUCGGCAGAAGCCCGCUACAACAUCGCGGAAUUCAAGACCAAGAGUCACAAGUCAAGAAGCUGCAUCGUCGGGACCACAGCCGCAGAUGUGGGAAUGUAGUUUUUGUGGGACGGUGAUGGAAAAGAAGUGGUGGACUUGUUCGACAUGUGGGAAAAUCAAGGACAAUUCACGAUAGUUAGUUUGAGAAUUGAGUUGCUGUUGGUCAACAAUACGAACUGGAGCAAAUCAAUGCCUUGAACCCUUGUUUCUCGUGUCUUGGUUGUCGAUCAACAAUGACUUCAUCGACACUGGGUCUUGGGUCUUUAAGGAUUAAGUCUGCGACAGUCUCAAGCUAUAUCAAGUGCGGGUUUUUUUUCUCUGGUGCGAGCCUGCGAGGCCAAGACGCAGGGGCCAAUUUGACCAAGAUCGUAUUGCGAUCCCCAAGAAAAAAAAGAUGAUAUUAAUGAGACUUUGCAGGAUCCGGAAAGGCGCCGAUUGGAACUGGAGAUGAUCUGCAAGGCGGGCUUGGACGCCAUCGGAGCUUGUAACAAUUAGACCCUAGCAGAAACCGGGCGGGUUGGGGACAGAGGCAUUCGGGUGAAACAACAAAAGAUGGAGGAAAAAGAAGUGCUUACGCUUAAAGCGGCUGAUGAGGAGCAGCCAAGCAGAAGGGUGCAGCAAUA